CGACGUCCUGGAUUAGCCCGGAGCUUCGUCAAUCCAGGCGCAGGGUGGGACAUUGCGGGCGCAGAGGCUCGGAUUUGGCUGGGCUCGAUUUAAAGAGACAGAAGCUGUCGGGGUCCUAGAACACAGUCCCCAAGACCCUCCCCCCUUAGUCCCUGGGACUACCUGGGUCCCCAGAGCUGGGAAGAUGGUUUGCGGCGGCUUUGCCUGCUCCAAGAAUGCGUUGUGCGCCCUCAACGUGGUCUACAUGCUGGUUGGCUUAUUGCUCAUUGGAGUGGCUGCUUGGGGUAAGGGCCUGGAUCUGGUAUCCAGCAUCCACAUCAUCGGGGGAGUCAUUGUUGUGGGAGUAUUCCUUCUCUUCAUCGCGGUGGCUGGACUGGUGGGUGCUGUCAACCACCACCAAGUUCUGCUAUUCUUUUACAUGAUCAUCCUUGGUUUGGUCUUCGUCUUCCAGUUUGGAAUCUCUUGCUCAUGUCUGGCUAUUAACAGAAGCAAACAGACAGACGUCAUCAAUGCUUCUUGGUGGGUCAUGAGCAACAAGACCCGGGAUGAACUGGAAAGAAGUUUUGAUUGUUGUGGCUUGUUCAACCUCACACACCAGUAUCAGCAAGAUUAUGCUUUGUGCACUGCAAUCUGCAAGAGCCAAAGCCCCACGUGCCAGAUGUGUGGAGAAAAAUUUCUUAAGCAUUCAGAUGAAGCCCUGAAAAUCCUGGGGGGUGUUGGACUCUUCUUCAGCUUUACAGAGAUCCUUGGUGUUUGGUUAGCGAUGAGAUUUCGGAACCAAAAGGAUCCUCGAGCCAACCCCAGUGCCUUUCUAUGAGACUUUGGAUCCUUCUGACUUCUCUCCUAAGCUUUUUCUUCCUCCCUUAGGGAAAACCUAGGGUCUACAGAACUGUUUUUUUUGUUUUGUUUUGUUUUG